AUGUCUGAAAUCGCUACCCCGUGUACCCCCAUACCCGAAUCCGCAAUGCGCCACGGCGAUGCGACACCCCUAUCGAGUCCUGGCGGUUCUAAAGAAGCCAACAACCUCACCAAACUCGGUUCUCCUGUCCGUGCGACCAGUACAAUGACUCCUCCGCCUUCCACUCAAUUGCCGAGGUCUGCCACCAAAUCGGCGCAGGCUAAGUUUCUCAGCAGAAGAGAGCAUUCGCUGGCUUCACCUCCUGCAACACUGAAAACUGGCCCACCUUUGACAUCCCAUGGCCUGUUUGGAGAGGUCCCCACUUUGGAAAAUGUCGAGAAAAUGGAUGAAGCACAUUUGCGGACUCUUGUCUCUGAACUACUCCCGGCAUUGGGCGAAGCUCGCGUGACUGCCGCUCACUCAAAGCUCCAACAUAGCUUGCUAAGCAUAGAGACCGAAGAGUCGGCUAAGCGUGCUGAAGUCGAGCAUGAAGCUACACGAAGGGAGGUUCAAGUACUUCAAGAAGGAAGUCCAGUCCACCGUCACAGCUUCAGCCCUCGAUCCCCGCAAGCCUCCAUGCAACGUAGCCUCCAUCUUGCUUUGGCGCACUGUCGUGAGCUGCAACAAGAAAACUCGAUAUUCGACAAACGUCUUAGAGCUUCGAAGAAGAUGAUCGCUCGGCUGGAUGGACAAAACACCGAUCUUAAAGAGCAUAUUCAGCUUCUACGCCAACGCAUCAAAGAUAAUCGGGAUCACUUGAACGAAUUGCAAUCCUCAGGCGCGAUCUCGAUCCACAGCACGCCGUUCAAUGAGUACAGCACCCCAUUGCCCAGGGGCACGCCCAGAACACCCGCCACCACUAGCAGAGCAGCUCGCGAUGUAAACCAAGCUGUCAGUAGCCAAGAUCCAUUCGACGCAUUGUUGUUUGCCGGGCAGGUUCUCAACGGCGAAGCCAGCAGCGUUCCGUCCACUCCGAACCAGCCCAGAUCAAGGAAGAUACAUGCACAGCACAUACGAGGUGCUCACUCCUUAUCCUCCUUACCUACUACGCCAAAUAGAUCAAGACCGAUGACUGCGGACAAUGUCCUCGUCACAUCAACCGAACGAUCUGGCCCGAAUCAUCGCGUCAGCUUUUCUGCUCCUGGUGCUCAACUUGCCUACCAGGGAGAGACUCGUGCAAAAGAGGACCGUGAUAGCACGAUAUCAGCUUCGGAAGACGAGGAGGUCGAAGAACUCCCGGGAUCCCAAGCUAGCCAAGUAGCAGCCAACAUGCUGCGCCGCUCCUUGGGAUCGCAGAAGGAUGUGGUUGCAGCCGCUGCUCAGGCACCAGACUCAGGAAAGUCGACGCAGGGAAAAUUGUUCGGUCAAGUCAAGAAGCCAGGUGUGGCAAGGAUGGAAAGUUCCACGAAGCGCGGCAACGAUGUGAACUCAUACGAUGAGAUUGUACGGAGCAGCAAGAAGUCCAGAACGGCUGAUUCCGCUUCAGAUAGAGUCGGAUUGGGUAUCAACAGCUGGCCGGUUCCAGGUCAAUAG